GCGCCGCUGUCAUCUGAAAUGCUAUUACAGCAAGAUGUAGUUAGAGAAUGUGGUAUGCUGUGAUUGUAAUAAUCUCGUGUUAUAAUCCCUUGUAAAUUCGUCCUGGAUUACGAUCCCAUUGUGCGCGAAAGAUUUGAUGCGCGUGUCUCAGAUACACAAAUGAUGAUCAGAGUGCAGAGUUUCAGGAGCAUCCCCCAGGCCCCAGGACACACUUUCAGGCUGUUCAUCUGUUCAGAGGCAACGUCAGCCACCUAUGCCUAAUCAGGACCUCAAACAAGCAAUUGCACCCAAUCCUAGAAAAUUUCCCCAGCAUCAUCAUACUUCUAACAUUUAUUUCAAUAUGCUCCACCCUGACAGAACACUUAAACCCUCAAAUGUAAGACAUCAAAUGACGAAAAUGUAUAGAACAAUAGUGCUGGACCAGGAGGAGUUACAAGAGAAGAGGACAGUCCAAACAGAUGAGACAGAACAGGAUGUUAUUGUGGAACAGGGGGAUGAGUUAGGAUGUGGGGAUGAGUUGGCACAGGGAAUUGACUUAGAUUUGGUGGAGGAUUUAGGAGGCGGCGAGUCAAUGGACCUUCACUCUAAUUCAUGCAGUAAGAGAGUGGUAAAUAGUAACAGAGUGGCAGAGCAUAUACACUUAAAGGAAGUAGGUAAUAUAGCAUUGGGAUUGACAAAAAAUGGCGUAUCAUCAUCACAUAAAAGUUCCAGUGUUGUUAAAUUAUCCUCUAAUACAAUAUACGGACAAAAUGCAUACACUAAUGCAGUGCUAAUUGACGAUAUAAUCUAUGUAAAAUCUUUUAUUGAAGGAUUAUAUCCAAAUGGAAUGUCCCCCAAUAGUAUGAUUACAAGCACAAUGUUUUCAAAUGAAGAAGACCCAGAUGGGAUAUUUCAAUACAGUUGUGAUGCAGGCGAGGCAUUGGCAGACAAAGAUGGACUUUCUGAGUGUGACCUAUUUGAACAAACAGAACCUUCACAAAUUAUAGAGACAGAAGAGAACAUCAGCGGAGAUAUAACGAUGCUCACAAUGGAGGAGGUAUUGGACAGUUCUGAAUUGUCUUCAACUUCCGAUGAGGAAGAGGAUGAUGAAAUGCAGGAGGAAAUAGAAAACAUUGAGGAACAAGGAGAUAAUCAUUUGUCAGGCAAAAGUUUUUCACAAUAUCUCCUGGUAGCAAUUGAGGCUCCAGACAAUCCCUUAUCAGAUAGUUCUGAUCUGUCUUCAUCUGUCCUUGAGGUAGAGGAUAAUGAAAUGCAGAAGAAAAAAGAGCAAUGUGAGAAACUAGAAGAUCAUAAUUUGUCUGACAAAAGUUCUUCACUCAAUCUCUUGUCACCCAGUGACUCUCCAGACUGUCCCACAUCGGAUGGUGGAUGUGAAACCCUCUUUCGGUCUGAUCAGCCCUGUUUCUUGAGUUCCUCAUCUUCUCUAUCCCAGCCAUUCUUUGUCUCAGGAGCUGAGACAGUCUUAGACUAUGAGGAUGUAGCAGAUGCAAAUCAUAAUUACUGUAACAAAGAUUCAGUGGAGCUAGAUCACCCUGAGAAUGAUCAGACCAUCCUAAUCCCUGACCUCUUCAGUGCCCUCUCACUUAUUCAACAGCAAUCUGAAACCAAAUGCCAAAGUUUACUAUCAUAUGAAGUUGAGGAGAGCAUUGGGCAAGAAGUUGUUCCAAAGAGUAUGACAACUGAAAAUGUAACUGGUCUUACAGAAGAACAUGUGUAUGAAGAGACAGAGCCAAACAUCCAAGCAAAUGACCUUCUUCAGAACAGGAAGUACUUUAUGACUCGCUCUAUAUCUGUGGAAACCCCCAGUAAGAAACUUGACCUAAUUAGUAGCCCAGCAACAGGAAAUGCCCGGCUUUUGCUACACCCACACUCCUUCUAUCCAGAUCAAUGUUUCCUUGAAAAUGGUCAGCUCGCACUAACUGGUUCUUUAGGAUGUCUUUCACAAGGCGUCCACAUCUCAACAGACUUAGCUAAAGUGACUAGAGUGGAUAUACCACCCCCUUUUGAACUAGCUUCCAUCACUAAACGACCAAUAAGAAAAAGUUCACCAUCCCUGACCAACAAAAUGACUUCCUCUUGCAAGAAACCUGAUUUUGGGUUUAAACGUUACCUACUGCCAUUACGAUUCCUCAGGAAAUCUGAACGGAAAAGCAUGAUGGAUAAUCGCUCAAUUUCCUCCAGGUCCUCCUCUGAGUCGAGUCCACAAGUGUUAUGCAAAAACUUGGAUUUAAUCAGGCAUAGCAUGGGCAGCCCUGAGUUAAUGAGGACCCCAGAUUGCACACAACCAACAUCCCGCUCUUCCUUUAUUUUCCCAAAAAAUAGGCAUAAACAGGAACUUAACUUAACCCUUAAUACUAAUUUAACUUCCAGCUCCAGUUCUAUAGUGCCCAAUAAUUUGUUACAUUCCCACUUUGAGCCCCUACCCCUUUCUAAAUCUCGAUCUUUUUCAUCUACCAAUCCUGACUCAUCGGAAUACGAGAAUGUUCAAAAUGCUUCUACUCACUAUGAGAAUGUGCAGAUUCGCCUAUUGAACCCCAUCAUUGAGAGUCAACGAAAUCAGAGUUCAACCAGUGACACUGAUGGUUAUGUGGAUAUGAGCAGUCUACCAGGCUUCCAUGGCAAAAGUCAGUCUUCUGAGCAAGAGACAGAUAGUACCUACACUUUCUGUUCUCCGAAUGUGAGGCCAGAUGGAACAGUGGGUGUGUCUGUAGGUGUGGCUUGUACAAGAGAGAAAAGGACAAAGACAUCUGACAAACUGGCUGUCAGCUGCUCAAGGGCAUUCUACAGUGCUAAAGAGCUUUUGGACAGUGAAGCACAGCAUGUUAAGACUUUACAACUUCUCUUUGAGACUGUUGAAGCGGAUGAGAGGCUGAGUACACUGUGGACAGAGAUACCUGAUAUUUGUACCCUCCACCAAGAUAUACACACACUACUGGAGGCCUGCAUCAAGGAAUGGGAUCAGAAUGAAGGAAUUGCUGAAAUCAUCUUGGCAAAGAAGACAAGUUUUUCCAUCUUCUCCUCUUACAUCAGCCAUUAUGAUGAAAAAGUGAAUUAUGUGGAACAAAUGCAAAGCACAUUACCAGAUGUGGCAACCUUGAAAAAGCACUUGCUGCAGGUCAUUGUGCGCAUCCUACAAUACCGAAUGCUGCUAACAGAAUACCUGAAUAAUCUCUCACCAGACUCCAGAGAAUUCCAAGAUACACAAGAUGCUUUGGCAGUGGUCUCAGAUGUUGCUUAUCAUGUCAAUGACAGCCUCCAGUACGGAGCAGAUCUUUUGCUAUUGGUCUAUAUUGAACACAGUGUUCUAGGUCUGAUGGAUCUCCUACAGCCUGGAAGGAUUUUUGUGAAAGAAGGUACCCUCAUGAAGGUCAGCAGGAAGUGCAAGCAGCCCCGUCACCUUUUUCUGGUACAAAUGAAUGACAUUAUGCUCUACACAUAUCCUCAGCAAGAUGGCAAAUAUAGACUCAUCAACACAUUACCACUGGCAGGGAUGGAGGUCAGCAAGCCAAUGAUAGAGAAUGCUCAGAAUGUAUUGAAAAUUGAUGUGAAAGACAUAAGCAUCACUUUGACUGCCAGCUCCUGCAUCGAACGAGACAGUUGGUUUUUUACACUGAAUCGGACGUUGCUGGACCUUGGCCCAGCACCAGAAGUCCCAGUGGACUGUCUUGAGUUCUUAGGGGUGCCAGAGGUUUGUCUUGGCGAGAAUGCUCCUCCACUUUUGUGCGUCUCUCAGGUGACAGUUUGCAUGAACUGUCCCUCUCAUUUUAGCCUCACAAAUAGACGACAUCACUGCCAUGCCUGUGGCAAGGUUGUUUGCAGAGAUUGUUGCAGGAAGAAGUUCCCCCUUAAAUACAUGAAGAACAGACGGGCCAAAGUGUGUGAUCAAUGUUACACUGAGCUUCGUAAGCAUGAUGUUGCCACUAUAACGGAGAGCUCCAGUCGGCCACUCUCUGCUGUGUUUCAAAACAUUCAUCCAUCCAGUCUGUGGAAGAGCCGCAAAGGCCAGCUGUCUUUUAACCAGGUGUCAGGGUCCGAGGGCGUGAUGAGUGGGACCCUGCAGAGAUGCAGAAACAGCAAGAGAAGUUGGAAAAACCUGUGGUUCCUCCUAAAAGACAAAGUUCUCUAUACGUACCCACAGCCUGAGGAGAGGGUUGCAUGCGAGACCCUCCCUCUAUUGGGUUUUUCUGUGAGGUCAGAGGUUGAAGGAGAGAGCAGUAUGUUUCAGCUGUACUGCAAAAGCACUCUCUUCUACACUUUUAGAGCCCAGGAUUGUCACACUGCUCAGAGGUAUACAUAUGUACACACUCAUCCACUCAUACCCUGCGGAAAAUACCAGCAUUGUUGUGUUUUGGAUGCCAGUGUGCUGGCACCUCUACAGUAUGUCUCCACACAGUACGGAUAUAGCAUGUUAAUGUAAUGUGCUUUGUUUGAUUCCACAAUAUGAAGAUUUUACGGAUGUUGUGUUUUAGGUGGGUCAACGCCAUGGAGGAGGCCACAGUCCUGUAGCAUCAGCUGUUAUUGGUGUGCCAUCUUCUCAUUGCAGUUAUAUCCGUUUUUCAGCAUCUAAAAUGAAUGCAUUUUCAACUCUCGAAGAGCGUUGGCGUGACGUAACAGAUAUAUUUUUGGAAUGCCAAGGGAACAAAACGCUCACUCUCAGACAUGUAUUUUGUGCCAAUAUCUUCCUCCAAAGACCUCGUUGAGCCGUGGACACGCUGUAAAAAUCACACUGUAGCACUUCCAGCUCUCUUUUAGUUUACUGCUCAGAACAUUUUUAAACCAGAUACUGCUUAAUUUAAAGGGAUAGUUCACCCAAAAAUGACAUUUCUCUCAUUUACCCUUAUGCCAUCCUAGAUGUGUAUGACUCUUUUUCUUCUGUAGAACACAAACAAACAUUUUUAGAAGAAUAUUUCAGAUCUGUUGGUCCAUACAAUGCAAGUAAAUGGUGGCCAGAACUCCCUUUAACAAACAGAUUUGUAAGUGUAAUUCCUUAUACAAUGCGAUAUACUGAAUAUUAAACCAUAUCUAUAAAAUAUAUUAUUGGGAAAGCUUAACUUAUGGUCAUCAGAUUCUAUUCUAUUCAUAAAUGAGAUGAUGAGAUGAGAACAGGUUGGCCCACAAUUCUAAGCCCACUUUUGAUGUGAGUCUAAUGAGUGACAUUUGCAUGCUGUAAUUUCAUGUUUGGAGUAUAUUUAUUUCAAAGUCAUUUGGACAAUGACUUGCACUUAUAAUUUGGAUCGAUUUCUAUCUAGAAACAGAGCUGCAUUCUCGUUGCACUCGGGGUGAUUUAAUAAUGAGAAAUUACUUUUCCAUUCUGUAUCAACAGGCUAACAUUCUGUUAACUUGCAGGAUUACAAUCUGAAAUAUGAGGACUCAAUUGUGCUUGAAUGUACAAGCAGUGUGUCUGCUGGAAGAAAUAAACUUUCGUUAGCUAUUUCUUGAUUUAAGAAAGCAUGUGUUCAGUGUGUGUUUUUAGACCUCAACGGAACCUCAACUUCCCAUUUUUCUUUUAUUUCCUGGUGUAUGAAGUCGCUUCUGUAAAUGAGGUGAUGCAUAUGACAAACACUGUCAGCCAAAAGUUUGGAAUAAUGUACGGAUGUAGCUGUUUCAGAAGGAAAAUGGUACUUUAAUUCACCAAAGUGGCAUUCAGCUGAUAACAAAGUAUAGUCAGGACAUUACUGAUGUAACAAACAGCACCUUCACUAUUUGAAAAAUAAAUUUUUUGAUCAAAUCUAGACAGGCCCCAUUUCCAGCAGCCAUCAUUCAACACCUUUUCCUUGAGAAAUCAUGC